AUUGAAUUUCCCCCCUCCCCUCCCCUCUUUUUUUCUUUUCAGCUUUGAUGAAGAAACCAAUACAGCCGCUUCAUGCAGAUACAACAAAGAAUGACUUACCUGCACCUAUUCAGAAAACAAACAGCAAUAAUACCGAAUCUACUCAAAAGAGUCUGAUGGAAGCAUCUCAGACCAUCUUGUUCACCACAACCACACUACAGCGUACCAUCACGCGAUGUAUGAACUGUAUUGGCAAUGAGAGUCUAUAUGCUGCAUUUUCGCCUAUCUUGCACAAGUCCAAGUCAAGCACUGACAAGCUGUUGUCUGUACUUGAUGUGGUGGAAAAACGACCUGAAUGUUCAUAUGAUUUAGUACAGGCAACAAGUCAAUGUAUCCUUGUCCUUAAAGAACUCUGUUGGGUACUUAGAACAAGGCUAUCGACAGUUGUACAAGGAUUGGAUACCAAGUUUUCAAGGAACUUGCUAAUCAAUCUCUAUAGUGCCACUGUCGAUAUGAAAGAGACUUGGCUUGUACUCAAGCCAUUAUUGACUAUCGAUCCUAUUCAGACACUCACUUCGUUCAAAUCAAAUCGACAUCCUAGCGAGACUAUGGUCCAUUCACCUGUGAAUACUAUUCAUUCGCCUAUAGACAACAAUCAACAACUGUAUACACACUUAAGAAAUGCCAUUACUACUUCAUUGCAUGUAUUCACCACCCUUCAACAGACGAUAGAAGAUACAUUACAGACAACUAUAUCCAGCAGUCUAAAACAGAAAUUGACUGAACUAACAAGACAAGUUCAUUAUGCUACUGAAUUAUCCAAUCGAUUAGACAAGAAUGUAGAAGCCAACAUGGGAAAUAAUAAAGAAGAGCUGCUAUUAUUACCUACUCGAAAAGAAUCCAGUCGACUUAUAUGGGAAGAUACUAGUAUUUAUUUAAAGGCUAUUGUGAGCGUCAUGUCAUUUAUUCGUGCUAUUUCAACAGAAGAAGACUUUUCUUGGCCCAAAUCAAUUAAACAAGGUUGUCUUUAUAUGACCAGAAUGACUGCAGAAGUAGCUAAAUUAUGGAAUAACCACAGUACUUUUGCAGAAGAUGGGUUUAUUCUUGGUCGAUAUGAAAGAAGUUCAAGUGUAUGUUCUAUAGAUCAAUGUACCUCACCUGCUUCUCAUUGAAAUGAUACCCCCCAUGCUAAUAAAUUUUUUUUU